UUUACCAAAAAUAAAUAAGUCCUUUCAGGCGAACACCACCGAUAUAUAGCCCCACAAAACCUCCGGCCCAUUCUUAUAUCUCUUCACAUUAGCCCUAGAUUUGCAAAUUGCAAUCAAUCGUUAGUAGAGAAGCAGUCGAAGCACUAGAAUUCAAAACGAUGUCGGAUUACGAAGCUCGUUACGAAGAAGAUCUGGAGCACCACAACAACAACGGCUCUUCUCCGCACCUCAAAGACGCUUACAAUCAUCCCACGCCUGACGCUGAUUCCAAAUCUCACCGUGAAUCCCGGGAUCAUGAAAGGGAGUCUUCUAGAAGUAGGGAUCGAGAUAGGGAGAAAGACAGGGGGAGGGACAAGGACAGGGAGAGAGACAGGGACAGGGACAAGGAGAGAGACAGGGGCAGAGAAAAGGACAGGGGAAGCAGAGAUAGAGAUAGAGACAGGGAUAGAGAUGGGGAACGGGAAAGGGAUCGUCACCAUAAGGAUCGAGAUCGUCAUAGAGAGAGGGAACGAAGUGAGAGGAGGGAACGUGGAAGAGGCCGAGAUGACGAUGAUGAUUAUCACAGAAGCCGAGAUUAUGAUAGGAGAAGGGAUUAUGACAGGGACAGAGAAGAGAGGCAUAGCCGCAGGUCCAAGUCUCGCUCUAGGGCUCGAUCUGAACAUAGAUCCAAGUCAAGAUCACGCUCCCGUUCUCGCUCUCGUUCACGCUCAAAAAGCAAAAGGGUUAGCGGAUUUGAUAUGGCGCCUCCUGGUCCUGCAAUGUUAGCUAAUGCUGCUGUUACUGCUGCUGCUGCUACAGGCCAAAUUAUCGGGACCACCCAAGCCAUUCCUGGAAUGUUACCUAACAUGUUUCCUAUAACCCCGGGACAGUUUGGAGUUCUUCCUGCUGCUAUGCCAGUACAGGCAAUGACUCAGCAGGCUACUAGACAUGCUCGGCGGGUGUAUGUUGGUGGGCUUUCGCCAACUGCAAAUGAACAGUCGGUGGCUACGUUCUUCAGUCAUGUUAUGUCUGCUAUUGGUGGGAACACAGCCGGUCCAGGGGAUGCUGUCGUUAAUGUUUAUAUAAACCAUGAAAAGAAGUUUGCUUUUGUUGAAAUGAGAUCUGUUGAGGAGGCAAGUAAUGCAAUGGCAUUAGACGGCAUUAUCUUUGAGGGAGCACCUGUGAAAGUCAGGAGACCUAGCGAUUACAAUCCCUCACUAGCUGCUACUCUUGGUCCAAGCCAGCCUAAUCCUAAUCUGAAUCUGGGUGCUGUUGGUUUAACACCUGGUUCAGCUGGUGGGCUUGAGGGUCCUGAUCGUAUUUUUGUUGGCGGGCUUCCGUAUUAUUUCACUGAGGCACAGAUUAGGGAGCUUCUAGAGUCUUUUGGGCCUCUUCGUGGUUUUGAUUUGGUGAAGGACAGAGAAACUGGAAACUCAAAGGGUUAUGCAUUCUGUGUCUACCAAGAUCUCUCUGUUACAGAUAUUGCUUGUGCGGCUCUUAAUGGGAUUAAAAUGGGUGAUAAAACUCUCACAGUUAGGCGUGCUAAUCAGGGUACCACACAGCCUAAACCUGAGCAAGAAAGUGUAUUAUUGCAUGCACAGCAACAAAUUGCUUUGCAGAGGCUCAUGUUACAACCUACUUCAGGCGCCGCAAGCAAGGUUUUAUGCUUAACUCAGGUGGUAAGUGAGGAUGAGCUUAGAGACGAUGAGGACUAUGAGGACAUACUGGAAGACAUGAGAACAGAAUGUGAAAAAUUUGGUGAGUUGGUGAAUGUAGUUAUCCCGCGCCCAAAUCCCAAUGGUGAACCAUCCCCGGGGGUCGGCAAAGUUUUCUUGGACUACGUUGAUGCUGAAGGUGCAUCGAAAGCUCGAGCUGGGUUGAAUGGAAGAAAGUUUGGUGGAAAUCAAGUUGUUGCUGUUUUUUACCCAGAGAACAAAUUCCACCAACAGGAGUAUGACGGCUAGUUUAUGCCUUGUGGUUUCUGGCUUUUGUUUUGCUGGACUAGUUGAAAGUAGUUUUUAGGAUUCGGUUUUUUGUUGUGUGAAGUUAAAAGUUAUUAUUGCUGGAGUUAUAUAAAAUCUGAACUUUAGACUUAGUGAUAUGAAACUUGAAUAUCUUGGGGAUUUAAGUGAACAAUGCAUCUACAUCAAUGCCUGCCUAUUGUUUUUA